CCUAGGGACUCGGAGGAGGCGGGAACCUGGAGCUCGGACCGAGAGGGCAGACUAGGGAGCCGGUCCCGGUCGGGAGGCCAGGGAGGAGGAAACAGGGAGUUCAAGCGGGCCUGGUAAUUCUGAGGAGGGAACCGGAACCGAGCCCACGGAUUCUUCCCUUUUCCAAAAGAAAGGCUCAAAAGAGAAGGUUCAUCUCUUGCAAAUCUCAAAGCCAUGCCUCAGGAUGAACUAGAGUAUGCCCUUACAGGGAUCAGUGUCAUUCAAGGAUGUGACUGUGGACUUCACCCAGGAGGAGUGGCAGCAACUGGAUCCUGGACAGAAGGCCCUCUACAGGGAUGUCACGUUGGAAAACUACUGCCACCUCAUCUCUGUUGGGUUUCACAUGACUAAGCCUGAUAUGAUCCGCAAGUUGGAGCAAGGAGAAGAACUAUGGACAACAGAGAAAAUUUUUCCAAGUCAGAGCUACCUUGGAGAAGAUGGAAAAACUGAAGAUGUUUUAGUGAAGUUCAAAGAAUACCAAGACAGGCACUCCAGAUCAGUCAUAUUCAUCAACCACAAAAGACUAAUUAAGGAAAGAAGUAAUAUUUUUGGAAAAACAGUUACCGUAGGCAAGAACCGUAUUAUUUCAAAAACAACGCUACGUGAAUAUAAGCCUGAUGGAAAGGUUUUAAAAAAUAUUUCGGAAUUAGUCAGUAGAAAUAUAAGCCCUGUAAGAGAGAAGUUUGGUGAGAGUAAGGGAUGGGAGAAAUCAUUCCUCAAUACUAAGAAUGAGAAAAUUCAUACUACAGUGAACCUCUAUAAACAAACAGAAAGGAGUCUGAGUGGUAAACAAGAGCUUAUUCAACAUCAGAAGGUUCAAACUCCUGAGCAAUCAUUAGAUCAUAAUGAAUGUGAAAAAUCCUUCCUUAUGAAAGGAAUGUUAUUUACACAUACCCGAGCUCACAGAGGAGAAAAACCCUUUGAAUACAAUAAAGAUGGAAUAGCCUUAAUCGAAAAGUCAAAUCUCAAUGCCCAUUCACAAACUCUUAUUGAGAAGAAACCCCAUGCAUACAGCAAAUAUGGGAAGUUCCUCUGCAGGAAGUCUGUUUUUAUCGUGCAUCAGAGAUCUCAAACAGAAGAGAAACCCUUUCAGUGUCCUUACUGUGGGAAUAGCUUUAGAAGGAAGUCAUAUCUCAUUGAACAUCAACGAAUUCACACAGGUGAGAAACCUUAUGUUUGCAAUCAAUGUGGGAAAGCUUUCCGUCAAAAGACAGCCCUCACUCUACACGAGAAAACACAUAUAGAGGGGAAGCCCUACAUCUGUAUGGAUUGUGGGAAGUCCUUCCGCCAGAAGGCAACUCUCACUAGACAUCACAAAACACACACAGGGGAGAAAGCCUAUGAAUGUACUCAGUGUGGAAGUGCUUUUAGAAAGAAGUCAUACCUCAUUGAUCAUCAGAGAACUCACACAGGAGAGAAACCAUAUCAAUGUAAUGAGUGUGGGAAGGCAUUUAUCCAGAAGACAACGCUCACUGUACAUCAGAGAACCCACACAGGAGAGAAACCCUAUAUUUGCAGUGAAUGUGGGAAGUCCUUCUGCCAAAAGACAACCCUCACUCUCCAUCAAAGAAUUCACACUGGGGAAAAACCAUAUAUUUGUAAUGAAUGUGGGAAGUCCUUUCGCCAGAAGGCAAUCCUCACUGUUCAUCAGAGAAUACAUACAGGAGAGAAAUCCAAUGGAUGUUCUCAGUGUGGGAAAGCCUUUAGUAGGAAAUCAAACCUCAUUCGCCAUCAGAAAACUCACACAGGAGAGAAACCAUAUGAAUGUAAAGAAUGUGGGAAGUUCUUCAGUUGUAAGUCAAACCUCAUUGUACAUCAAAAAACUCACAAGGUAGAAACCUUGGGAAUUCAGUAAAGAAUAUGACUUUUCAGUAAAAACUUUUGAAGUCAUAGUAAACCCUAUACAUGAUGUAGCUUGCAAAUAUAAUAAUAUUCAACAGUUUUAGGUACUAUUCCACAAAUUUACCUACUGUUUGUGAGCCUAUAUAACACAAAGAAUGACUAGACAAAUGACAAUAGUCAUUGAAAAUAUCACCCUCAAUUUUUUAUUAUUAGAUUCAGCAGGCAUAAACUUCCUGUCAAGUUUCUACAAACAUUAAAAAUUGCUUAUUUUCAAUUUCAAAACAUACCUUGUUGUGACCCAGUAAUAAGGAGUUGACCAACUGGCAGUGGUCUGUGGACCACACUGUGAGCAGAGGUGUUUUAAAGAAAGGAAGUGUGAACUGUAUUUCUCGUUGGAAAUAGGAAAUAAAAAUUAGUUGUUACCUCCUCAAAAUUUACCACAGUUCUGACUUCUAACAUUAUAAAUUACAUUUUGCAUAUUAGGAACCUUAUAUAAAUUGGAUUAUAAAUCAUGUAUUCUUUUAUAUAUGGCUUGUUUCAUUCAUUAUGUCUGUAAGACUCAUUAGUGCAUGCAGAAGUUCAUUUAUUUCUGUUCUACAUAGAGUUCCAUCAUAUGAUUAAAUUAUAAUUUAUCCAAUCUACUCUUGAUGGACUUUUUCAUUGUUUACAGUUUAGGGUCAUAAAAAUAAUGCCUCUGUGAAAUUAUUUGUUUUUUGUUUUUUUUUUUUUUAAGAUAUUUUUUGUUUAUUUAUU